AUACGCCAGGCCAACAUAAUAUGAACAUAAAAAAUAAAAAUUGAUAAUAUCAAUUUGAUAUCAAAAUAUGAAAAAUUUAUUUCAACAAGUGAGACUUUCGCCUAGUUACUAUACAAUGCCAAAACAAAUCAAGACAAUAAUUUAGUAUCUACUAUCUGUACUUGAUCCUUCAUAGACUAGAAAAAGAAGAAUGCUCAUUUGUUGUUCAUCCAUUAAUUAAGCAAUAUUGAUCUUUAAUUCUAAUAACUACUAUGAACAAUAUGAAAUAAGCUAUUAAUUGUUGAGGAUUUCUAUUUAUUUCGCUCACAGAAGGUAUCUAAGCGAAAAUGGAAAAUAAAGAAGGAAUGGACCAUUUAGUAGCACUAAAGGUAAUGAGGCUUACAAAACCAGCCCUCAUAAGCCCUAAAAUAGUAACCUGUGAUUUUAAAGACCUACCAGGGAAUAUACUGAAUAACUACUUAAAGGAUGAUGCAACAUCUGUUGUUGGCAUGGAGACACUUGCUGCUGGACAAUUUUUACUGCUGCCUCAAAGUUUUGGUAAUAUUUACUUAGGAGAAACUUUCUCGUGUUAUGUGUGUGUUCACAACGAGACAAAUCAACCUGUUCAAAGUGUAUCUAUCAAAGCAGAUUUACAAACCAGUUCACAAAGAAUCCCACUUUCGACUCAACAGCACCAAUCCUCUGUAAUGCUAGAUGUGGAUGAAACAUUAGGUGAUGUUAUACACCAUGAAGUAAAGGAUUUGGGAACCCACAUCUUAGUCUGUGAAGUAACAUAUAUGUCAAAUUAUAACACUCUAGCAUCUUUUAGAAAGUUCUUCAAAUUCGAAGUAAUGAAACCUUUAGAUGUCAAAACCAAGUUUUACAAUGCUGAAUCUGAUGAAGUUUUUCUUGAAGCUCAAGUUCAAAAUAUAACAUCGGGUUCAAUAAUACUUGAGCAAGUUUCUCUUGAAAGUUCCCAGCAGUUUAUAGUUAAAUCUUUAAAUGAAACAUCAGAUGGAAAGUCAGUUUUUGGUGAUGUUACUUUACUGCAAACUCAAGAAAGCUGUCAGUAUCUUUAUUGUCUAUCUCCUAAACCUAAUAUUGCUUCAGAUAUUAAAUUAAUAGCAGCUGCCAAAAAUAUUGGAAAGCUAGAUAUUGUGUGGAGAUCCAAUUUGGGGGAGAAAGGAAGAUUGCAAACUAGUCAGUUACAGAGAAUGACUCCUGAAUAUGGAGAUAUUAGGGUGACUUAUGAAAAUCUGCCUAGUAAAGUACCAGUUGAAAAGCCAUUUAAUAUUAAAUGCAAAAUUGUUAAUGCUAGUGAAAGGACACUGGAUUUGAUUUUAAAGCUGCGAUCUCAUCAAGAUUCUAGCUUGAUUUGGUGUGGAAUAUCUAAUAGAAAGUUAGGACCAUUAGAACCUGGAGGUAAAACCUAUAUAGACUUAACUGCUGUACCUGUUAACACGGGCUUACAUAGUAUUACAGGAAUAUCAUUAAUGGAUUUAUUUAUAAAAAGGACCUAUGAUUAUGAUGAUUUAGGAUCAGUAUAUAUAUUUUAAUAUUUUGUUUUGUAUUAUAUACAAAAAAAUAUUUAUAAUAAAAAAUAUAAUAAUUAAAUAUUAGGUAAAAUAGCAGUUAUUAGCACUAUUUAAUUUUUAAUAAAGAGUAAUCAUCAU